CUACUACGUACCGGUAGCAUUCCAGUACUUGCCCCUUUCAGAUCUUGUGGAUUCUUCCUCAACAAAACAAAAACCCACCCCCACCUGUAUGUAGCAAAAAAGGGCACAAAACUAUUCAGUUUUGUCUCUCUGUUGCACAAUUACUCCUUUUUGACAUUUCCCGAAACAGGUGCACCAUGAAUACAAUAUCUGUCAUCUUGCUACUCAAUUUGCUGAUAAAUGGAGUGACCUCCUUUUCGCCCACUUCCGUGGCGGCGGUGCCCCGAUCAGGACUGCAACACCUUCGAUCCUCGAUGAGCGACGCCGACAUCGACGUUGUCGCUCUCAUGGAAACCGACCUGGAAAAGGCAAGAAUAAACGGCCAGUACGAGAAAUUCGGACACGCCGAGUGGCUACAGCACCGAAGUUCCGACAGAUUUUACAGCUCGCUCAUCGAGUACGACAAGAGCCCCGUCUUGAAAAACCUGCUCGACGAAGCCUUUGUUCUCGCGGCCAUCUGUACCGGCAUCAUUGUCUGGAACGGACUAUUGAUUGAGGGAUUUACUGAUUUCAACGAGGUUCAGCACGAUCCCAUCCUGGCCAAUUCGGUUCCGAGCUUUCUUCACUUCAAAUUGUCCCUUCCCACAGAGCCAUUUUUCCUUUGCGGUGGGCCCCUGGGUCUUCUCUUGGUUUUCCGGAACGAUGUAUGCUUCUCUCGGUACCGAUCGGCGCUCCACGAGUGGGAAUCCGCCAUCUCGUCGAUUUCGAACAUGCUGCUGGAGGCUUCGAAAGCUUCGGAAAGCGUUGAAGAAGUUCGCAAGAUGGGAAUCAGGUGUUGGGCACUGAUGCGAACGCUUCAACACGAGGUGCUGGUACGUAUGACAACCACAACAAAAGGGGAAAAAAAAUCGUUCCCACACGCAUACGCGCUCAUGCGCAAAUCAUCAGCUCAUAGAUCGCAUUCCGUUCUCUCGCUUGCUUUAUUGAAUUUAAUGUGAUCUGGUCGACGGAUGGAACACAUAACACAAAACAGGGCGACUACGACGGAAAGAAAAAAUACGAAAAGGACAUUCGCCGUGUCAUCACGAACGAAGAGGAAGCCGACAAAUUGUUGGGUGCGCGAAACAAGCUCCACCGGGCGAAAUUCGAUGUCCAUUCCGCGAUCCACGAAUUUUCGCAAGAGACCGUCCUGUUGGACAGGCGCGCUCUGAUCAAUACCUUCAACGGUGUCGCCGCGUCCUGCUCCGAGUGCGAGGGAUUGUACUCCACGCCGAUCCCCCUCCUCUACACACGAUGGACCCUGAAGUUCCUGACGUUUUGGAUGACCUUUAUGCCGUUUGCCUUUUACGACGUGUUUAAAACCUCGUGGAACCACAUCAUGAUGAUUCCUGCUCAGACCCUCAUUUGUUUCUUGUUCUUUGGUAUCGAAGAGAUUGCUGUUUCGCUCGAAGAACCCUUCAGCAUCCUUCCCCUCGACGAACUCGUAGACGAAAUCUACGAAUGUGUCGAAGACACGACCCGGUGGAUGGAAGAGGAAAAGGAACUCUCGGCCUCGGGAGGACUCGAAAAGAAAUCGUUCUUCUCCAAAUAGAUGGCACUGAGAGGAAAAGAUGGGCAGAGCUCUCUCCAUCGACCGGGAACAACCGAACCUAAGCUAGCUAGCAAGCUCCCAACCAUGCAGAGUUCCAUCGGCAGCUACGUAACCGACGCUAUCCGGAAUAAGCAUUUGCGCACAGUAGAAUCAAAAAAGCUUUACAUG